AUGGUAAAAACUCGACACCAGUACACAAUGGAACAACAAUCAAGUAAUGCAAACAUGGAUACACAGACACAUUCAGACACAGAAAUUAAUACAGACACGCAAACACAUCAAAAUAAUCCGCUACAGACACAAAUAAACGCCGAGAGGAGCAAUUCAGAACCAAACCUGAGAGACCACGUCACGUCUAAUAACGCGGCGGGGGCAAGCUCAUUUUGCAAUCAAAAUUUUGGUGCUAUACUGAAUUCAAUUUUGGAAGGCAUAUCCAAUAUUAAGCAAGACAAUGACGAAAAAUUCUCACAAUUAAUGACAGACAAUGCAGCCUUCAGAAAUGACAUAAAAUCAGACUUCGCCACACUGACUCAAAAGGUAGAUGAAAUUAACGCACGUCUUUCCAAACAGGUCGACGAUCUUACGGAAAAAUUCGAAAAUUUAGAAUUACGACAAAGCGACAAUGCCAACCACAUCAAUGACUUGACAAAAACCUGUGAAACUAUUAAUUGCAAACUAGAAUCAAACACGCACGCAUGUGACGAAAUUAAUUUAAAGGUGAAUACAAUAGAAACAAACGUAGCUGACAUUCACAAACAGAUUCACACAACAAUACAGAUAGAGGCUGAACCCCACUUGUCUCAACUAGAACCAACACACAACUCACGCAGUAGGAAUCAACAUGUCUACAUUGCUACAUUACCAAACACGCAGCAAAAUUCACAACACACAGUAAACAUGCAAAACAGUCACCACAACUCACAGCUGCACACAAACAACAACUACGACUAUACACAGGGAGAUAACCCGUACAAAAAACGAAGAAACAACAAUUUUAAUUCAAGAAGGAAUAGUGGAAACAACAACGCACACAAAGCAAAACAGAAACACUGGCAAAGAAACAACAACACAGAUUACACAAGAAAUGGAACACUUACACCGCACUUUAAUCAGAACGACAACCAGUAUUAUGUGAGACAGUGGCAAACACCGCAACCGCCACCACAAAAUCAUGUUCAGAUGCCACAAGGGAAUUUUGUGCAAACAAGCAACACAAACCAACAAGUGACUUCAGCCAACCGAAAAAAGACAGAUUUGAAAACUUUUAGCCCUUAG